AUGGAGAAAAACAGUAAUGAGAUUGUUAUAAAGGAUUUUCGUAUUCCGAGUACCGAUGUAGAAGAUUUAGGAGUUGAUGAGUUCCAAUACCAAGAGGAGAAUAUUAAUACGAUGUCUGUCGGCAUUAUGGAAGAGAACUUGAGGGCAGAAAAGAGGACGAGACUAGAAGAUGAAGGUGAAUGGACUGUAGUAGGUAAAGAAAAAAAAGCAAAGCCGGUGUACAAUAAAAUAGAAAUUUAUAUUACAAGUACGGAAAUAUUACCUAAGCAGUUUGCUAUGGCAAAAGCGAUGGAGAAAGAUAUUUCUUAUGGUUUAAUAAGAGACGUAGACCUAGAACUGUCGAAUGAUGAAAUUCUUUUGCGGAUCACAUGCCCUAAUCGUGUGGAAAUAAUUUCUGUGUCCCGGGUUAAACGUCGUUGUACUACUGAUGGAAGUGGUUGGACGCCUAGUGGAAGUGUUCGCAUUAGUUUUAGAGGGGCUUACUUGCCGUCUCAUGUAUCAGUAGAUGGCCUAAAAAUUAAUGUAGACCGGUACGUUUUCCCCGUGUCCCAGUGCUCCAGAUGUUGGAGAUUAGGCCAUCACGUCAAUCGA